AUGAUUGAAAUUCGUGACGUUACCGAAACAGACUACAUGGAGUGGUUAAGACUCUUUGAUUUAUAUCUCCAAUUUUAUAAUUCCUCAUUACCUGAAGAGGUGAAGAAGUCAACGUUUUACAGGUCUCUAGAUUACAAUGUUCCAAUGUGGUCUGCUAUUGCUAUUAGCUCUGAAACUGGGAGACCAAUUGGGUUAGUUAAUUAUCUCAGACAUGUUUCAACAUGGUCUACACAAGAUAAGAUUUAUAUGAAUGAUUUGUACGUUGAUGAGUCACAACGUCUUCAGGGAGUCGGUAAAGCUCUCAUUGAUUAUGUUUAUGCUAAGGCAGAUUCCAUGGAGACACCGGAGGUUUAUUGGUGUACAUCGACCAGUAACCAUAGAGCACAAUUACUAUAUUGCAAGGUUGGGGUUUUUGCAGACAAGGUCAUUUAUAAGCGGCUACCAUCUUCUUAA